AUGCAAUACUGCUUGCUUGCCGCAAUAUCAGUCGCCGUCGGGUGGUCCCUGCCACGAGAGUGGCCUAAUGUCUACGGACAGUGGUCCGAUGCAUUCACCGUUCGGCGAUUCUGGGGACGUACGUACCAUCAGUUGCUACGCCGAUACACGUCUUCCUUUGGGAAGAUGUUCUGUCGCCUCCUGAACUUGCAACCAGGCUCCUGGGCAUCAUCCUACACGCAGCUGUACGUUGGCUUUGCAGUAUCGGGCCUAAUGCACUGCGCAGGCGAUUUCAUGGUGAGCCCCUCGUUACUUGGGGCCUCGUUCCCAUUCUUCGCCGCGCAGGCCGUGGCGAUAUCGCUAGAGGAUGCUGUCAUAGAUAUUGCUAAAAGGACGGACAUGAAGUGGCCAGAGCUCCUCGUGCGCGGUCUUGGGUAUGCCUGGGUUUUUGCGUGGUUGAGUCUUUCAGUGCCAUGGUAUAUCAACUGGUCGGUGAAAGCAGGGGUCAUUGACACCGACCGUGUACCUUUCUCACUCAUCACUCUCCUUGUUCCGAGUGCAAAGACGGGUGCGGUUAGCUUUGCCACAGCCUGA